UCCGUGGCCCGGCCAGGAAAGAGGCUGCUCUGGUCUUGGAGACAGAACAGAAGGUCCUGGUCUAGUUUUGGGGACAGAAGCAGGAGGUCUUUGUGUUGGGAGCUGACGCAGAAGGUGCUGGUCUUGAGGGCGGACGCAGAAGGGCCCGCAGACGCGCGAUGAGUCCCGCAGGCCUGGGCCUCAGGGCCGCCCUGCUCUGCCUCUUGGCCUGGGCCGGCCUGCCCGCUGCCGACCGGCUCUACAUCCACCCCUUCCACAUGCUCGUCUACAGCAAGAGCAGCUGCGAGCAGCUGGAGAAGCCCAGCGGGGAGGCGCCCCCGGACCCCACCUUCACGCCUGUCCCCAUCCAGGCCAAGACGUCCCCGGUGGACGAGGAGGCCCUGCGGGAGCAGCUGGUGCUGGCCGCCCAGAAGCUCCAGGGCGAGGACAAGAUGCGGGUGGCCACGGUGGGCAUGCUGCUCAACUUCAUGGGCUUCCGCAUGUACAAGACGCUGACCGAGACGCAGGCCGCGGCCGGCGGGGCCGUCUUCUCCCCGACGGUGCUCUUCGGCACCCUGACCUCCUUCUACCUGGGGGCCCAGGACCCCACGGCAGGUCGGCUGCAGGCGUUCCUGGGGGUCCCCGGGGAGGAGCAGAGCUUCCUGCGCCUGAAGCAGCCUUUCGUGGGGGGCCUGGCUCCCUUCGCCCCCGUCACCCUCCCGCGCUCUCUCGACCUGUCCACCGACCCCCAGCUGGCCGCUGAGAAGAUCAACAGGUUCAUGCAGGCCGUGACCGGGUGGAAGAUGGGCAGCCCACUGCAGGAGGUCAGCCCGGACAGCAACCUCCUCUUCAACGCCCAGGUCCACUUCCAAGGUAAGGCCCGGCCUCGGCGGUUCUGGGUGGACAACGCCACCUCCGUGGCCGUCCCCAUGUUGUCGGGCACGGGCACCUUCCCACACUGGAGUGACCCGCAGAGGAACCUGUCGCUGACCCGCGUGCCGCUCAGCGCCAACGUGGGCCUGCUGCUCGUCCAGCCGCACGACGCCGCGGCCCUGCCUGAGGUGGAGGCCCUCACCUUCCAGCACGACCUCCUGACCUGGACCAAGAACCUGGCUCCCCGGCACCGUGCACUGUCUCGCAGGCUGGGACCGUGUCCCCCCACCCCCGCCCGUGGGCACCUCUGCACCCCGUCCUUGGGCCCCGUGAGGCUUCCAGGAGCGACCCCAACGCUUGCCGCUUUGCAGGUGCUGAACAGCGUCCUGUUUGAACUCAAAGCAGAGAAGGGGGAGCAGCCCACGGAGCCAGCCCCGCAGCCGACGGGGCCUGAGGCCCUGGAGGUGACCCUGGACCGGCCGUUCCUGUUCGCCGUCCAGGAUCAAGACUCCACCGCCCUGCACUUCCUGGGCCGCGUGCCAGCCGGGAGCCGAGAGCAGCCUUUCCCUGGGGCGGUGGGCGCAGCAGCCUCUGGGCCUCAGGUUUAG